CUGACCAUGGCGAGCCGGCUUCUUCACACGCUGCACAUAUUGCUCGUGCUGGAGUCGAGCUGGGGUAAAAUGGUAUCUGGGGGUCUCGGUGGAGCCGCGCGUCCAGGCGCAGAGGUCUCCGUCGCCGGGGAGCCGCGCGUCUUUACGCACGACGGCGCGAACCGGCGGGACGCGGUCUCCAUCCACAUGUUCAAAGUGUACGAGAAGUACAGCAAAGAGCCGCAGAGCCAGAGGGACGGGAACACCGUGAGGAGCUUUAAGGCCGUCCGCAGAGUCAUGGAUGGCAAAGACGUGUUCCAGUUCAACCUAUCCACCCUCCAAGAGUCGGAGGUCAUACUCCUCGCCUCUUUUCAUUUUCUCUUUAAGAGGCCCCGCCCCCAGCACCAGCAGCAGCAGCAGCAGCCGUGGCGUUUCCGAAGGCCUCGCCACCCCCCUCCCUCCCCGCGGCUUGUCCUCCACGGAUCGUCCUCCGCAAACUCCUCUUUCACGACUCCGCUGGGGAACAUAACUCUGACCCCUUUCAAGAAAGGCUCUUGGCAAACGGGGGAUGUGACGACGGCGUUGAAUCGCGCCAGGGACAUCGAGCAGCUCGUGGUCACGGCGGAGUUCGAAAUGGGGUCCGGGUCGGCUCGGGGACAGCAGAGGAGCCAAGAGCGCCUCUCUCCGGCCAACCUGCCGUACAUCGUGCUCUACGCCGACGACCGAGCCAUCGACGAGCCGAACAGCGUGGCCGCGUCGCUCCAGAGGUACGGGCCCUCCCCCGCGGCGGCGGAGGACGCGUCGACCUCGGCCUCGAGGAUCCGGAGGGAGCUUCAUCUCCGGAUCCAGACCAACGACAUCCCGGAGGUCCCGUACGACACCUUGAAGAAUCACGAGCUGUGGCAGAACACGUACUUUCCGGCGAAAGCCAAAGCGGGCGCCGAGCCGGGCAGGAAGCCGGGCACGGGGAGCGGCGAGACGCCGGGGAAGCCCCAGGUGCUGAGCUUUGAUGAGAGGACGAUGAAAAAGGCGAGGAGGAGGCAGUGGAGCGAGCCCAGGGUUUGCUCCAGGCGCUACCUCCGGGUGGACUUCGCCGACAUCGGCUGGAGCGAGUGGGUUUUGGCGCCGAAGUCCUUCGACGCCUACUACUGCGCCGGGGCCUGCGGAUUCCCCAUCCCGAAGGUGGCGCGUCCUUCCAAUCACGCCACCAUCCAGAGCAUCGUCCGAGCGGUGGGCAUCGUGCCCGGCGUCCCCGAGCCGUGCUGCGUCCCGGAGAAGAUGAGCCCCCUCGGCGUCCUCUUCCUCGACACCGACAGGAACAUGGCGCUGAAGGUUUACCCCGGCAUGUCCGUGGAUACCUGCGCCUGUCGGUAGGGCGACCGUCGCCGCCGCCGCCACGUCCGAUCAAUGAAGAAGACGGAAAGGUUUGCGAGGAGGACGUACACGUUGGGAGCGUAUAUGCCGGAGGUGGUGGUAUUUUUCCACGUUGAAGAGGACGACCAGCGAUGAUGAAGAGGAGGGACUCGUGCGUCUCGGUGUGAGAACUCUGCUGUUGGAGCUCGGGACUCGGACUCGUUGACGAAUAGUUGGUCAAUGAGCUUCCCUCCACCCGGGUUCGCCGCCGUCCAUUUCUUUUUUCUCCCCUUCAUCCAAAAAGCAGUUUAAAGAAGUGCCCACACGCAAACCUGUAUAUGUAAUAAUGUAUAACGUGUUGACCGUCUGGAUGUUGAAAACACCUCCUGGUGGUAGAUCUUCAUCUCUGUUGAUCUCUCAUAGUCCUUUUCGUCUACUUCAGCACCCGUACACUUUUAUAAAGUGAUCUCCCCUCCGGCUUCGAGACCAGACGAGAUAAGACUUGAUCCUUGGUCUCAGGCCUGGUUUUUUGGAAACGCUUCCAACUCGACGAAGCUCAAACGUCCGGCUUUCAAAAGCCUUCUGAAACCUUCGGCCAUCCGCCUCCUCCGCCGCUCGCCGGGAGUGAGCGGACAUUUCGGACACGCCGACACCCGGACUCUGGAGGGUCCCCAGGGACCCGGAAGCUGCAUCGAUACACCCCUCGCCGUGUAAAUACUGUCGUUACUAACGCGCACUAAACGGUGCUCAUUCUCAAGCGACGUCUCGCGUUGUUGCCAUUGGAACGCCUCCCGUAUGUCAGCGAGGAGCGUCGUUCAUGCAUGAGAGGCGACAUCUUCCUUGUAGUUCAAUAGCCAUUUGUUUGUCUUGGAUGGAGCGAGUGUGUUUGGACACCUACCGAGACGGAAGGAGCGGUGCGUGGCUGCCACCUGCUGGGCAUUUGUGGGAACUUUUAAAAAGGAGAACGUUUUAGUACGUCCUAUUUCCCUUUGUUACAUAAAUACUGUUUAUCGAAAGGUGAGACGUAGAUUUCCAUAAUAAGUAAAAAGGGAUAAAUGUAUCCGACGUUAUAACUGUAUUUCUCAAAGUGUAUUUGAAUAGUCGUGUGAUGUGAAGCUCACAUCGUAGACGUCAUGACGUGUGAGUGGGAAGGAAAUAAAACUGAAUUGUACAUACGGUUAAAGACA